GGCGAAGGAAAUUCGUAGCUUUGUUCGAACGCGAUCCCAUUUGCGGCUCACCCCACAGUUCUUAGCGUGAUCGUCAGCCACCCUUUAGACUCGAACGUGCCACUCUUAGCCCUCGCAAACCCUCAACAACUCUCCAGGACAUGGCUUAAGAGAUGGAGCAUAUGAGCAAUGCCAGAACAAGGAUCAGUAUUGCAGUCUCGAGUGGUUCGCAGAAGAAAUCCACGCCCAAUUAAUUCCUGCGUCGAAUGCCGAACUCGGAAGUCGCGAUGCUCGAAAACGCACCCCUGCCAGAAUUGCACGGCUUUUGGUCGCGAAUGUGUCUUCAUCACCGUCCCGGAGAGCGCGGCGCGCAAGAAAGAGAGGGAACAGAGGGAACGCGCAUCAUCAAAAUCGGGAUCCAAUGUUACUGUACCGGACUGGAUUAGAAACAUCCCAGUGCGUACGCAAAGCUCCACCAGCGUGCCUGAACAUGAUCCAUACGAGAAUCCAAACUCGGUCAACACGACUACGCCAGGAACCCCGCCCAGAGACUACGAAUGGCAGGAGUACCAGCAGGAUGUCGAAGUCGAUGGAGAUGCAUGGGAGCGACUCCCGGCAGAGCCUGAAGAAACCCAGGACGAUGUUUACGAGGAUGAGAACGAUGACGAAGAUCAGAUCGCGACAGACCUUACCAUCAGGAUUGGAAGGAUGAUCAUCUGCGAAAAUGUGACUGGCUUCUUUCGCCCUCAAUAUGCCGAAGAGCUGGGCAAGCUCCUCUCGGAGCGCAAUGCCUCAAUCUCAUCAGUUGCUGGCCAGAGGCAAUCGCAGUCAUCUGCGCUUCUGUCGGCAGAGCAGAUGCCGUCACUUGCGCCGGCAUUAAAUUUGCUGCUCGGUGGCUCGAUAUCUGCACACAGCAAUAACGAUAUCAGUGCCCCGCAGUUGCCAACGAAGAUGGAGGCUGAGGCACUCUUUCAGCGUUACUUGGAUGCUGUCGACCCCAUGGCCCAUGUUCUGCACAUCCCCUCGUUCAAACGGCUCUUCGAGCGGUUCUGGAUGCAUGUUGAAAUUGGCAGCCCGAACCAGAACUCGUGCACCGCUCUGAUCUUGGCAGUGUGCAUGGCUGCAGCUGCAUCGGUAUCCCCGCUGCAAGCAAAGUCGCAGUUUGGCAUCACCAAGGAAGACCUGUUCCUAAGGCUGCAAAAAGCCACCGAACGAGCUCUGCUACGCGCCAACUGGGCAAAGACAUCAAAUAUCAGAACGCUUCAAGCGUUGACGAUAUACUUGAUCCCCCUUUGCAGAGCGCAAAUAUCUAGAGCUACCUCUGUCGUAGUAGGCGCACUCGUACGACUGGCACAGUGCAUAGGCAUUCACCGUCUUAGCCACAGCUCUGCGACCAGCCUGACGCCUUUGCAGCGCCACGUUAGAUCCUUGCUCUGGUAUCAGAUAUGCUUCCUUGACUUCAAAACAGCUGAAGCGCAAGGUCCUCACCCAUCCAUUCGAUCAGACGACGUCGACAUCGCACUACCGCUGAACGUGAACGACGAUGUUUUCGAAUUCGGCACCUCACAAUGGCAGCAAAACCCAACUUCGGUGCACGGCUGGACAGACGUCACUCUCUCACUCAUACGCUAUGAAUGCAAUGAGAUCCACCGCCUGAUCUUCCGCGGCAGAAUCGAAAUGGACCGCAAACACAUCACCCUGCAUGACCUGCGCGCCCGCGUCGAAGCCCGAAAACGCCAAAUCCAAAGCAAAUACCUGCAGUUCCUCGACGCCACAGUCCCCAUCCAGCGGUACGCUGGCCUCGUCGCAACCGUGCUCAUGUCGCGCUGCGAUUCCAUGCUGCUGUAUCGCCACCUCCCGCAAACCUCUCUACAACCACGCUCAGAGUCCGAAAACCGCCUGCGCGAUGUACUGCUCACCGCGGCCCUGACAACCCUCGAAAUCGGCGCAACGCUCGACACGCUCCCCUCGCUGAGCUCUUGGGCCUGGUACUCGACGACAUACCAGCAGUACCACGCGGUCCUUUUGCUCCUCACAGAAUUAUAUCGCACGCCUGACUUGCCAAGGAAGGACCGCAUGAUGACAAUGAUCGACCACAUCUUCGGGCACUGCUACGGGAUCGGCGUGCGCGAGCGAUGUUCUGAUCUUCUCUGGACCGUCAAAGAGAACCUCGAGGCAUUCUACGUGAUGAAAGGCUUCAACAAGAAGCGGCAGAACCUCGCGCCGCAGCAGCACCCCACGCUGCAGCCAUUACCCACGUUUUCAUCCACGAGCCCGAAUUACGUCGGGCAAACACCCAGGUUGCCACAGGGUCCGCAAGGCCAGCUGCAGCGCACGAGCACGCUGGACGGGUUGAAUGUGGAUUUUGAUAGUAUCCUGGGAAGUCUGAAUGGCGGGGGAAACCCGGAUGACUUCGACAUCUUCAGCAAUAUGGGGAGUAACAACGGCGGGCACGAUGCGAAUGCGAUCUUUGUGCCUGUAGACAGUGGGCUGCAAGGAGGUGGGGAUUUUGGGACUACGAGUCCGAAUGGAGGGUUGCAGCAAUGGGAAAACUGGAAUUUUCCCAACCCGCAACCCAAGUAUGAAAACUAGAAACCCGAUCAAGCAGCGACUUUUUAUAGAUUUCCUAUUGUUGACUGAUACGCAUGCGAUCGGCUCGUAUAUCGUGGGUCCAGGAUACGGGUGUACGAGUAGCACGGUCGUUACGGAAGGGGCGUGGGUGGGUCGGUUAUGUAUCAUCGUCACAGGGUCGAGGUCCUCCAUAUCUUGUGAAAGUUGGUAUAAUGUUGUGUUUUGGAAGUUUACUACAUGUGCCCUCUUUGC